UGUCUUAUGAUCAAAUUGGAAAUAAAAUUUAUAAAUUUGUACUUAAUUGUGUAAAUAUUGUUACUUGUAUAAAAUGGACCUAUUCUUUAACUAAACGUGAUUCUACUAGUGUUGCUAUAGGCUUUGAGAAACUUUUUAACUCUCAAAAAUGUUUGCUUACUUGGCCUAAAAAAUAUCUUAUGGUGGAUGGAGGUGUUGAAUUUUGGGGUGAUGUUAUUAGAUUAAUGAAUAAAUAUAGUGUUAAUAUUCGAAUAGCUAAUUCUAAAGAAAGUAUAGGCAUUGUUGAAAGGUUUAAUAAGAUAUUACAAAAAUGGUCAUCUAUUAUUCAAGAUGCUAACUGA